AGGAUCAGGGAUGCCGUCACUCACAAUAUAGCAUGUCGGCAUCAACUUGUCCGGGACAUUCAACUCGGUGCCUCUCUCGGGACAAUAGUCGGAUUCAUCAAGCGAUGCCCGGGUAUGGAACUGCUGCUGAUGCAACCGUCCAUGACUGGGCGCCCCUAUAUAAAUACUGGGCCAGGAACAUUGAGAGAUGGAUCUGCUAGUCCUGUUGUAUAGCCGCAAGGAACACGAUCAUCUGUGACGUGACCCGAAGCACAAUCAGCCACCAUGAAGUUCUCUCUGGUAACCGCCUUGGCUUGCGCCCUGUCAGUUGAAGGGCAUGCCAUCUUCCAGAAAGUGUCCGUCAACGGCAAGGAUCAAGGCCAACUCACCGGCAUCCGAGCCCCCAACAACAACAACCCGGUACAGGAUGUCAACAGCCAAAACAUGAUUUGCGGCCAGUCGGGGACGAAGUCGAAUACUGUCAUCAAUGUCGCUGCUGGUGACAGGAUCGGCUCGUAUUGGGGACACGUCAUUGGAGGCGCUCAGUUUGCCAACGACCCGGACCACCCGAUUGCCAAGUCGCACAAGGGCCCCGUGAUGGCCUACUUGGCCAAGGUUGACAAUGCCGCGACGGCGAGCCUGAAUGGUCUGAAGUGGUUCAAGAUCUGGCAAGACGGGUUCGACACGGGCAGCCGCAAAUGGGGCGUUGAUAACAUGAUCAGCAACCAAGGCUGGGUGUACUUCAACAUGCCUCAAUGCAUUGCUCCGGGUCAAUAUCUCCUGCGAGUGGAGGUUCUGGCUCUCCACUCGGCCAAUCGGCCGAACCAGGCACAGUUCUACCAGUCGUGCGCCCAGAUUAACGUCUCAGGCUCCGGCUCAUUCACCCCUUCGCAGACCGUCAGCUUUCCCGGUGCGUACAAGGCCAGCGAUCCCGGCAUCUCGGUCAACAUCUACGGACCGCAAGGCGCGCCUGACAUGGGUGGGAAGCCGUACACGCCCCCUGGACCGGCGCCGAUCACGUGCUGAGCAUGAUCGCUUCUACUUGAACCAGAGCCUUGGGUCUUGUUUGAUGGAGCUGAGCUUGGUUUGUUGUGGCAUCUUGAUUACUCGUAUGUCGAGGAUAGCUGAGGGGAAGCGCUAAAUAAAUCUGCUUCGUGCUGAAGCUGCGGUGUACUGUCCCUUGUGCGUUCAGUUGACAUCGACCCCUGAUUAAGACAAGCCUUACGCUCUAUGGGUUCCUUUUCUGG